AUGGCGACGGGAGGACAACAUAGUAAUAUUAUUUAUGUGUGGCUCGAUGCUUAUAUUAAUCAACAGGAACUAAGUUUUAAACUGCAGAAACUAUUAAAUGGAAAAUUUAAAAAUGUAAAAGCAUUUGAAAAUAUGAGUGAUUGUAAAACGUUUAUUGAAAGAAGUAAAGAUGAGCAAAUUAUUCUAAUUGUAUCCGGUAGUUAUGGACGAAAAAUUAUACCAUUGAUACACAAUUUAUCACAACUCUCAUCUUUUUACGUUUACUGCUUAGAUAAAUUAGCGAAUGAACAAUGGGCAAAUAAUUACAAAAAGAUAGCACAAGUAUGUACAGAGAUAAAGGAACUGACUGAAGCCCUUGUAAAGCAACCACCGAAAAAUCUCGACAUUCCAUCCACUCCUCCUAAAAAUUCGAACAGUGAAUUAUUAAAUGAUGAUCUAUGGUUUCGUCUUUUAAUCGAAGUAUUAAUUCGUAUGAAUGAUGAUUUAGAUGGUGAAGCAAAAAAUGAUUUAUUGCAUUUGUGGAGAAAAGAAUAUGGAGGCGAUAAAAAGGAACAGAAGAUUAUAGAAGAAUUUGAAAGAGAAUUUGAGCCGUCAUGCGCAGUACAUUGGUUUAUCAGAGAGUGUAGGCUGUAUAAACUGCUAGACAAUGCACUACGACUCAUGGAUUUUGACAAUAUUUAUGCGUUACGGUUUAUAAUUAAAUAUAUUCAUAAACAGUUAAAAAACCAUAGUUUCCGAGAUGAAUUAAUUCAAAGCAGUCCGAAUUUAACUUUAUAUCGAGCAAAAACGAUUCCAGCUACUGAACUCGAACAAUUGACAACUAAUAUUGGGCAACUUCAGUCCCUGAAAAGUUUUUUGAGUUCGACAUCAGACAGAGAUAUGGCAUUGCGGUUUCUCCAACAUUCAAAACCUUCAUCAGAUACCGUGUCUGUGUUGUUUGAGAUUAGAAUCGAUACAAGAUUGUUAUUAUUACCUUAUGCCAACGUUUCAUCGCUGCGUUCUGAAGAGGAAGAAGAAUGGUUAUUCAUGCCUGGUACCAUCUAUCAAAUGGAUUGCAUUCAAAACGACUCAAAUCAUCAAUUGCGGAUACUAAAAAUGUCACUUUGUGGUGAAGAUGAUACUCGUUUAAAAUAUAUGGUUGAUUACCUCAAAUAUGAAAUGAAAGAAACUACUGAUUUAAUAUCAUUAGCCGAUUUAUUUGUUAAAAUGGGUGAAUAUGAUAUGGCUAAAGUUUACUAUCACAAAUAUCAAAAUUAUCUGUCAAAUAAUGAUCCUAAUAUAAAAUGUGCUUGGGACGGACUAUCACAGUUAUCCGAUAUUAAAGGAAAUUAUUCGAUUGCAAUGAAGAAUUAUAAAGAAGCUCGUAAGUAUUUUAAUGAGCAAUUAAAACUAUGUCAAAAUCUACCAGACCAUCAUCCAUCCAGUGGUAAAUGUUAUGCAAAUUUUGCUAAUCUGUAUGAAAUUGAAGGAAAGAAACAACGAGCAUUAAAGUACUAUCAAAGAGCAGUUGAUAUAUAUCAUCAAGCAUUACCACCGUAUCAUCCGGAUAUAACAAGAAUUGAAAAUUGCAUCGAAAAUAUAAUGCCACAAAGCAAGACAACACUAUCGUCAGCAAAGGCAAAACCGACUGCUUUAGUUGAACGAACAACAAACGCAAUCACGAAUCUUGAAACUUUUCUAAUCGUUUGGUUGGAUAUUAAUGUAAUGAAAACGAAAGAUAAUUUAGAUACGUACAAUGAAUUGCGUGCAAGUAUUAAUCACAUUGAAAGAUUUAAUGAUUUACAAAAAGCUGAGGAAUAUAUUAUGAGUGUUCAACGUGAGAAAAUCGUUUUAAUCGUCUCUGGUACUUAUGGACGUGAACUUGUACCACGUCUACACGAUUUAUCACAAUUAAAUUGUAUCUACGUUUAUUGCUUUGAUAAAGCCCGUAAUGAAGAAUGGUCAAAAAAUUAUACAAAGGUUCGAUCAGUGACAAUUCGACGUGAAGAACUAAUUGAAAAAAUUCAUGAAGAUCAAAAACUUCGUAAUCUAACUGAAGAUCCCCUACCAAUAAGUAUUCUUACACGUAUGGCAAUUGCUAAAGAAACAACAGCAAAAAAUAUAUCAAAAGAAAUGGGUUCUAUUCUAUGGUUUCAAUUAUUGGUUGAAGUAUUACUACGUAUGCCACAUGCAGAUGAUGCUAAAAAUGAUUUGAUUCAAAUAUGGAGAAACAAUUCUACGGGAAAUUCAACAGAAUUAGAUAUCAUUGUUGAAUUUGAACGUAAAUACACCAGUGAAAAGGCCAUUUGGUGGUAUACACGUGAAUCAUCAUUGUAUCGCAUAUUAAAUAAAGCAUUGCGCGAACAAUCGAUUAAUAUGAUAUUUUCAUUUCGUUUUUUUCUGAAUGAAUUAUCGAAACAAGUCACUGAACUGUAUAAUCAUCGUACAGAACAAAAUUUAAACGAUGAUAAUGAUCACACAAUAUACGUUUAUCGUGGUCAGGCAAUUGCUAAAGAAGUACUGGAACAAAUACAACAGGGUAUUGGCGGUUUUAUUUCAAUUAAUAGUUUCUUCUCAACAAAUCGAAGUAAAACAAUAGCUAAAUCAUUUGCUAAACAAGCAAAGAUUACUGAACAUACACGACGUAUACUAUGGCGAAUUACAAUCGAUUGUUGUUUAUCAACAAAACCCUAUGCUGAUGUUGAACAUUUUACUUUUUAUAAAACUGAAAACGAAAUCUUAUUUAUGCUCGGCUCAAUAUUUCGUAUCAAUAAUGUUAUUUUCAACGAUAAAGAUCAGCUGUACGUAUUAGACUUGACUCUCUGUGCUGAAAAUGAUUUUGAAUUAAAAGAAGUAUUUGCGUACUUAAAAAAAUAUAUUGGAGAUGAAACAUCUAUAGUUUCAUUAGGAAAUAUUUUAAUUCAAAUGGGGGAAUAUGAUAAAGCUGAACAAAUAUUUAUAAAAGAAGAUCAUAAAGAAGGACUAAUAACAGUCACAGAACAGAAAGGAAAUUAUUAUUUAGCAAUAAAAGAUUAUCAACGUUCCAUUGAACAUUAUGAAAUAGUUUUGAAGCUACGUCAAGAAGUUUUUCCUAUUUCACACCCAGAUAUUGGCAAAAGUUAUUGUUCACUGGCAAUGGCCAACGAAUUUUACAAAAAUUAUGCAAACGCAAUUGACUAUUAUCAACAUGCUGUCAAACAAUAUCAACGAACAAUGAAAGACAAUCAUCCAUUAGUUAUACAAGCUAAACAUAAUUUACAAAAAUACAUCACUGAAGAUAAUCAGACCACGCAUCUUUAG